GCUCCCAGCAGAAUGUGUUGUAUUCGUCCCAAAAACUUUGAUAUCUGUCUUUUUUCUUGUGAUUCUGUUUCGGAAGUGCUUGGUAAUUGUUUUUAAGUGUUUAAAUACUGCCGGCCCUGCUGUUUUGAUCGUUCACGCUGGUUGGUGGCCGGAUGUGCUCGGUUGGCCCUCGGUAUCGGUAAAAAAACAAAUGUUGUCACGUGUUGUCAACUUCAAAGAUUAGUCUUCUUCGCUGGAGAAGGACCGAAAACUCUCGACGGAAGUCGGCAAUGGGCGAAUGAUCACAGUAGUCUUGCUCAACAGGUUUUUUGUGAAACGCAUCAUUGAAUUGAAUUGAAGAUGUUUGGUCUAUGUUGGUUUUGAUUGCCGGUUAAAGAUUUUGAACAUUUCUAAAAGUACAAAACUAUGUCCGGGCCAAAUUUGACGGAUUUUAGCACUUCUAGAACUUCUAGUCACCAAUCUAAGAGACAAAAUUUCCUUGGGGAAACACUUACUUUUUCAGAUCCAGAGGAAGAAGAAAAAUUAGAUAUGUUGAUCUCUAAUAGAUAUCGCGCCUUUUUAUCUAGGCCCCAUCAGGAAAAUAGCUGUUAUUCUUAUGAUGCUCCAGAAUCCAUGCAACAAAUUUUCAACAUUCUGGCCAGAUGUUCAAACAGUACUAAGUGUUUAUGUCACACUCAGAUUCAACAGAUAAUUUCUAAUUCGUCUGCUUACCAAAAACACCAAAUAAGUGAAAGGAGUUUUAAUAAAUCAAAAGAUGGUGAUACACAUAUUCAAAAAAAGGAAUAUUCGAACUUGGAUUCUGCAGAGGUUCACAGAGCUGCUGACUCUGAUACUAUAGAAUCACUUCCCAGCAACUAUAACAAAAGUGGCAAUUUUAUCAAUGGGAAUAAAGAAAAUUCUUUGUCAAUAAUGCAUACUAGUAAAGAAUCGAAUUCAUCCGAGGUUUUUAGAAAGGAUAUUUCUAUUAACAGCGUUCGUGGAAAAAGCAAACUCAGGAAGCCCACAAACAAAACUGCAAAGCUGAAUAGAGGUACAGGCAGUCGCAUUCAACCCAAAAAGAAAAGAAAAUAUGAACAAGAAAAGAUGAACAGUUCGGCAACGAGUACUGCAGAAUGGACCAUUUCGGGAUGCAAACACCAAGGUUCUGUACAACCCAUUCCUGAAAAUCAAGAGAGCAACAAAAUCAACAAUGGUUGCUCCCCCAUCUUCAAGUAUUACUUAUCGGUAGGUGACGCAAUCAAUACUACUGCUCGUCAAUCUAAAGAUGCCAGAGGUGCCUCUCAAAAUUUAUCGCAAAACGAUUCAUCCCAAAUCAGAAGGCUAGCUAGAUGUUGGAUGAAAGUAUCUACUACAGAUGAGGUGAUGCAACACAACUAACAAAUUCGAGAAGAUCCAGAACAAUGUUUAAGUUAAAUGAUUGGCAACAAUCUCCGGAGUUUUCGCGGAUGUUUAAUUUAUGAAAUUUGUUUUAAUUUUAAUGUAUGUAGUGUAUUGUAGCG